UUUGCGCGGCCAGGGACCUCAGCGGCUGCAGAGGCACAGGGGCCGUCGCCCUCUGCCCACACGGGGGUUCUCUUUGGCCGGCCCCUGGCAGCUCUCUGCAGCCAGGAUGGUGCGCUGCCCCAGCCCAUCCAGGUAAGCAAGCCCGGCCAGGGCAUCCCCAUGCUGCUGCCUCCUCUGCAGAGGCAGUGUCCCCAUUGGAGGCAUCCCAGAUGAGCCUUGGGAAUAAAACGCACUCCUCCACGACACCCAACUCCAGCCACCCCUGUGUGCAGCCCCAGGGAGAGCUGCAGACCAUCCACACUCCCUCCUGUCCCUGAGGAAGCUUGGGCUGUCCCAGGGCCUGUCUCCAGCCCAGCAAUGUCCUCCUCUCUCCCCUGCAGGACCUGCUGGCUCUGCUGCACGAGCAGGGCCCAUCCACGGAGGGGAUCUUCCGGCUGGCGGCCAGCGAGCGCGCCUCCCGGGACAUCAGGGAGGCCCUGGACACCGGCGCUCAGGUCCAUCUGGCCAGCCAGCCGGUGCACGUCCUGGCUGUCAUCUUGAAGGUGAGCCCUGCUGACCUGGACUCUGGUGCUGCUGAUGGGCACCUGUGCGAGCAGGAGCCCAAACCCAGGAGCUGCUCGGCACCCAGUGUGCUGGGGAUGCUGCCUGUGCUCCCGGCGGCACUGCUCGCAGCCUCACCAGCAGCCCUUGCCAUUGCAGGACUUCCUCCGCAAGAUCCCCUCCAAGCUCCUCCACUCGGAGCUUUACCAGCAGUGGAUGGAUGCCCUGCAAAAGACCAGCAGGCAGGAGAGGCUGGCGGGGCUCAAAGAGGUGGCCGGCAAGUUACCUGAGGCCAACCUCCUCCUCCUCCGAACCUUGCUCAGCCUGCUCCACAAGAUCAGCACCAAUGUCCCUGUCACCAAGAUGACUGCCAGGAACCUGGCCAUCUGCGUGGGGCCCAACCUCCUCAGCCCACCCGAGGAGGACACGCUGGCCCUGGAUGUCCUGAUGCAGGUGACAGGGAAGGUGACAGAGCUGGUUGAGUUCCUCAUCCAACACCAUGAGGAACUCUUUGAGGAGCAGGAGGAGGAGGAGGAGGCUGAGAUUCCAGGAGCACCGGCCGAGGCUGAACUUGCCAGCCAACAGGCCGAGGAGUCACCGGCACCAGAAGAAGAAGGAGAAACUGCCGAGGUAUGUGAGGUCCACACAGAGCGUGAGAGAAUGCCUCCCUACGCAGAAGGUGGGAUUGCCACUGUGUCCAAGCUCUUCGCAGCAAGGGGAAACACCAUCCCCCAGGAAGAGAAAGCACAGCUGCGAAGAGGAGGUCGGUGGCCCGCCACCCAAGCGAUGCCGAAAGCUGUGAACAGAGAGCUCAGCGAUGGUAUGCUCCUGGACAAGAUGUCCAGCAUACAGGUGGAUAAACAAACAAUGCAGUGGGUGAGCAACUGGCUGACGGGCUGGGAUCAAAGGGUUCUGGGAAAUGGGCCUCACCUGGAGCACUGGGUGCAGUUCUGGGCGCCGCAGGAUGAAAAGGAUACAAAGCUACUCGAGAGUAUCCAGAAGAGGGCUACCAAGUUGGUGAAGGGUUUGGAGAGGAAGACAUAUGAGGAGCAGCUAAAGUCACUUGGUUUGUUGAGCUUCAAGAAGAGGAGACUGAGAGGAGACCUCAUUGUGGUCUACAGCUUCCUCCAGAGGGAAGGACGAAGUGUAGGCACCAAACUCUUCUCCUUAGUGACCAGUGACAGAACCUGA